CUCAUCCCAAAGCUCCAGCGCCCAACUUCACCUCCUUCCAAUGUGAGAGCAUCGGGUCACUACUGAACUAUGCUCUGUACUGAUUACCACUUCAGACCAUCCCUUUGCUCAUGACCAUGAACGUGUGCAAGAGAAUGUUGCCGGGCUUGCGCUCUGUCGCAACCAAGCCGGCCUUCGUCCCGGCGCGGAGCUUUUCGGUCUCGCCCUUCAUGAGGGAAGCCGCGCCCACUCUGCCUACGAAGAAGCCCGUGGGCGCAUUUCGCGGAGGAAUUUUCGGCUUUCUUUCCGGCGCGCUUGCUGCCAGCGCUGGAGUCUACUUCUAUGUCCUGGGAGAAUACAGGAUCGCGAACGAGAUGCUAACUGAAGACAUCAUUGCUCUUCAAUCGGCGACGCAAAAGCUGCAGACGUACAUUGGUGAACUAGAAACGAAGGUCGACCAGCUACAGAAGAAGAAAUGAGCUAGGCUAAUCGCAAAAUCCUGAACUUAUUGCAUCGUACAUUCCGUCACUCUACCUGUCGCUCACAGUCCUGAUUGUCAUUUUCUUUAUUGUUCGUGAGUUUCAACUUAGCAUGUUAUUUAGUCUGAUUGCAGGGUCCGGACGGAUGAGCUCCGGAAGGAGGACAGCGAUGGAUGGUCGCUCAAUGGAACCUAGCCCUGUAUUACAAAGGAGUAUCUGCCUAUAAAUAUUGAUGCUUACUUACCAUAAAAUUCUUGGAC